UUGAGAACUUGUUCAGGUGUGGCCCUUCGACAGAAACUGAUAAUUCGACUGGGUCCUCACGAUGCCAAUAGAGCGGCUUCCAAUAACCCACUCCAAAAGAACGCAGAAAGCAUGGCAACUGUUUGCCGUGUACAGCAAAAUCGUAAUAGCAUCAUGAGACAGAACGCCUCCAUCUCAACAAGCCUUGAUUAUCUGAUUGGUGACGCACUGAAGCAAAUUGGACUCAUUCCAGCUGCUACCGACGCGCCUGCGCCGAGCACAAGAGGUCAGCACAAUGUGUUGGAGCUAUUCCAGUUUCCAACUUUGGAAGCGGUUUUAAUCUCAGAUCAAAUGAAUGAAUGCGAUGUAGAGGUGUUAGACGAAGACGAAAGACCGGAGGUACACUCGACCUUUGUUUGCGAUUUUUUGGAUGCAGUUUGCGUACAAACAGACUUCAACGCUCAAGUCAGCUUCUUGCCUGAGUUACUGAAAAGUUACAUUCAAAAAUCGGACUCCCCCUUGCCGAUAGAGAAUCCAAUGAAGAAAACGGACAGACGACGUUAUCUUUGUGAGAAGUGGGCUGUUGAUCCAAAAAUCAGAUUUAUCGAUCGUUUCCGAUGGAAUCCACCCGUGAUCGACGAGAUUCUCAGAAAAUUACAGAUUUUCGACCAUCGAACUACCAUCCCAAAAGCACUACAACGGGCUUUGCUUGAUCCACUUGAUCAGGGUUUGGCGAUGGCUUUGUACGAAUUGCUCCGAUUGGUAGAUCGAACGAAACCACAUGAGCGUGGUUCUAAAAUGUAG